GUUGUUUUCCAUGGCUUCCCCAAACUCCUCCCAUGCCUGAGUUUUUGCCUCUGUAACAGCCGAUGCUGCCACACGCUUGGCCUGCCGGUACCCCUUAGCUGCCUCUGGAGGCCCACUGGUCAACCAGACCCAAUAGGACUCUUUCUUCAACUUGACAGCCUCUUGAACUUUAGGUGUCCACCACCGGGUUCAUGGAUUGCCGCCAUGAGAAGCACCGACAACCUUGUGGCCACUGCUCUGUCCUGCUGCUUCAACAAUGUAGGCUCGAAACAUGGCCCAUUCAGACUCAAUGUCCUUCGCCUCCCUUGGAAUGAGGUUGAAGUUCUGCCGGAGGUGGCAGUUAAAAAUCUUUCUGACCGGCUCCUCUACAAUAUGUUCCCAGCAGACCCUCAUUAUACGUUUGGGCUUGCCUGGUCUGUCCGACAGCCUCUCCCAAAAUCUGAUCUAACUUACCACCAGGUGGUGAUCAUUUGAAAGGUCAGCCCCUCUCUUCACCCGAGUGUCCAAGACAUAAGGUUGCAGAUCCGAUGACAUGAUUGCAAAGUUGAUCAUCGAGCUGUGACCUCGGGCAUCCUGGCUCCAAGUGCACUUAUGGACACCCUUAUGCUCGAACAUGGUGUUUGUUAUGGACAAUUCAUGGCCAGCACAGAAGUCCAACAACUGAACACCACUCGAGUUUAGAUCGGGUAGGCAGUUCCUCCCAAUCACACCUCUCCAAGUGUCACUGUCGUUGCCAAUGUGAGUUUUUAAGUCUCCCACCAGCACAGUAGAGUCCCCAGGAGCUGCACCUCAAGAAGGCUGAGUACUCUGAACUGCCGUUUGGCGCAUAAGCGCAAACAACAGUCAGAGUCCUUCCCCCAAGUCGAAGGCGCAGGGAAGCAACCCUCUUUUGUCCAACGGGGAGAACCCCAACAUGCAGGCCUUGAGCCGAGGGGCCAUAAGCAAGCCCACCCCUGCCCGACGCCUUUCACCCACAGCAACUCCAGAGUGGAACAAAGUCCAGCCUCAAGAGGAAUGGUUCCAGAGCCCCGACUAGGGAUGCACGAUAAUAUCGGAUUUAUAUCUGUAUCGGCAGAUAAUGGGAUAAAAUAAGUUUAUCGGCAUCAGACUGAUGACUAAAUUAGGCCGAUAAUUCGAACUGAUAUUGAUGACGAAUUCACUGUGUUCCGGAUGUGCCAGACCUUUAGGCGACGCUGGGCUACUGUGCGAAAAUGUCUGCGGUGUGGAAGUUUUUCCAAAGUGAGUGAGAGUAACAUAAAAUAUGCCAUUUGCAACAUUUGUUUGACUAAUGUUUUGUGCGGAGGGACCAAAGUGCGAAAUUUCAAUAACACCAACUUAAUUACACACUUGAAGACAAGCCAUCCUGACAAUUAUACAGAAUUCUUCAGAGCAAAAGAGGAGAAUCCUGCGCCACCGCGCACAAAAUUAAAAACUGCAGUUGCUCAAUGUGUUGAUCAGUUACUUGAAAAAUCAAAAGAAAUUUGAUAAAGACAACCCUAAAGCUCAAACAAUUACUGCAAAGGUGAUGGAAUUUAUUGCUCUGGACGAUCAGCCAUUUUCUGUUGUAGAAGAUGCGGGAUUUUGAAGGCUGCUUGAGCAUCUUGAGCCCCGUUACCAGAUACCCAGUCGCCGUUAUUUUUCUGACAUAGCGCUUCCAAGAGUUACAUAAGAUUGUGGAAAGUCAUGUGCACAUACUACUUGCUGAAGAUGUCACAGCCAUAAGCUUUACCACUGAUAUAUGGACAUCUGAUAUGUGUGCUGUUAGCAUGCUUAGUUUAACUACUCAGUGGAUCGACCGCAAGUUUGAAUUGCAGAACGCAAUCUUGCACGCCCAAGAAUGCUCUGGAUCACACACGGGUGGUGCAAUCUCUGUUGCGUUUAAAAGUAUGUUUGAAACAUGGAAAAUACCCAAAGAGAAUGUUCAUGUAAUAUUACGAGAAAAUGCACACUAUCUUGCAAAGGCUAUGGAGGAAUGCGGGAUCCCAAGUUUGCCAUGUAUGGCUCGUACUUUACAGCUUGCCGUGAACAAUGGCGUACUAUCCCAGCGCAGCGUCUCGGAUACAAUAGCGAUCGGCAGAAAAAUAGUUGGUCACUUUAAGCAUUUACAAUUGGCCAACUCGCGUCUCAAAACUAUACAAACUGAACUUGGUAUGCAGCCGAAAAUGCUUCAACAAGAUGUUUCGACUAGAUGGAACAGCACAUUCUAUAUGCUGCAAAGCUUGCUGGAGCAGAAAAGAGCCUUUGGGGCUUAUGCCUCCGAUUUUGAGUUACCUGCAACUCUAACGCCUAAUCAGUGGGGUUUGAUCGAGAAAAUAAUCACACUCCUUGCUCCAUUUAAAAAACUGACAAAAGAAAUUUGCCAGUCUGAAGCCUUGGCUUCUAACGUUAUUCCCUCAGUUAAUGCUUUAAAACGACUGUUGACUAAAAGCACUCAUACUGACUUCGGAGUCAAAACUAGUAAAAGCGCUCUCUUUGAUGCUGUAAACAAUCGUUUCAUUGAGAUUUACACAGAAUCCAUGCAUUGUGUUGCUACUAUUGUAGACCCGAGAUACAAAGACCGCUAUUUUGAUGCAGAUGUAAAAUCACUGGCACUCAAAAUGUUGCAAGCCCAGAUGGAACUUGCAUCGAACGAAAUGCAAAUGAGUGAAUCACAGAUAGAUGGUCCACGACAGAAAAGGGCCAAGAAAAAUGUAGAACGAAAUUCUUGAAGAGAACACAUUGAUGCCUCAGGAAAACAGCCAGAUGACAACAGAGGUGCAGGGAUUUCUUUCUGGAGCACCAAUCUUGAGGAAUGAAAAUCCACUGAAAUCCUGGAACAACAACUGGAGUCUGUUUCCUACCAUUGCCAAAGUAGCACGCAAGUUCCUGUCAGCCCCAUGUACUAGUGUGGACAAUGAGAGAUUAUUCAGUUUGACUUCUAAUGUGAUCAACGAAAAGAGAAACAGAAUUUCCUGUGACAAGGCAAAAAUGCUUUAGUUCGUUAAGAAAAAUCUCCCCAUCAUGCUUAAAAAAUAGAAAAGAAUAAUAAGCCUCCAGAAAAAAAGUUAUUUAAUUAUUUACUGUUGUAUGCUUUUCUGUUUUUUAAAAUUAUAGAUUGGUUAGAUUUAUUCCAUUAAAAAGAAAGAAAAAAAGUUAUGACUGUACAACAAAGGAUCAGAUAGCCAGCCAAAUGUGGUUAAGCAGAAGUCAUUUUAAUGAUUGUAAGUAAUCUGCAAAAGUUGUUAUUCUUAAGUGGUAUUGCUUAUUUCAUUGUCAUUGUACAUUUUACGUUUUCAUUUUUUCGAUUAUUGUUGAAUUUGUUGUAUUUGUUCCAUCAAAAAGAAAGAGAAAAGUGUUAUUUAAAACAACCUGCAAAACUGUUUCCCAUAUAACCAACAGGUAGCCAGCCAAAUGUGGCAGAUAUCAUUUGUUUUUAAUGAUUGAAUGUGGUGUGCAAAAUUGUUAUACAAAUAAAUGUUCACUUUGUCUGUAAUUCUUGUCCAGACAGAUGAAGUCUCAUUUUUCUCUGUAUGUUAUAAAUAUGUAUAUCGGUAUCGGCAGAUAAGUACAUAAACAUUAUCGGAUAUUGACCCAAAAUUCCCAUAUCGGUGCAUUUCUAGCCCAGACCAUGCGUAGAGGUGAGCCCGACUAUAUCUAGCUGAUACCUCUCAACCUCACGCACCAUUUCAGGCUCCUUCCCCGCCAGAGAGGUAACAUUCCAUGUCCCAAGAGCCAGUUUCAGCAACAGCUCCCGCCUUCAGCCACCACCCAUAUCACGUUGCACCCGACCCCUAUGGCCUCUCUUGCAGGUGAUGGGCUCACAAGAGAGCAGGAACACAUCACUUCUUCGGGCUGAGCCCAGCUGGGCCCCAUGGUCAAAGGCCCAGCCACCAGGUGCUUGCCAGCAAGUCCCACCCCUGGGCCUGACUCCAGGAUGGGGCCCCAGGUACCCUUUCCUGGGCAAGGAAAAUGCUGAUCCUUGAUUUAAAUCCAUGUGGGGUCUCAGAAUCGAGUUAGUCUGGAUCUUCACCUCAGACCUGUUUGCCCUGGAAAACCCUACCAGGAGCAUGUAGCUCCCGACAACAUAGCUCCAAGGAUCACUAGACCGUGCAAGCUGCGGCAAGACCUCGAUCCAAGAAAUGGGAAAAAUUUAAUAUUGUGUUCCAGCAAAAAAAAAAAAAAAAGAUUUGGUUUCUAAGUUUGAAAUUAGUUGGUAUGAAAGCCUGCAGUCAUUUUUACACUUUGGGAGGUGGAGGAUUUACAUUGAUUACGUUUAGAACUGUUGACUGAAAAGGUCACACAACAUUAAUAAAAAAAAAGUCCUUUACAAGAUGUCAAAGAGAAAGUUACAAGAAAAGAAAAACAAAUAAGGUUAGGCCAGAAUAUUAAUAAAUAAUUAACAAACAACAGUUAAAUCUAUACAAUUUUAUAAAGCAGAUAUGUAAUUAGUAGAAGGGUAGCAUCCAUAUAUACAAUAUUAUGAUGCAAGUCUCUAAAGAGGAGUCCACGGAUAAGGUCAGAUGGCAGGGAGGACAGGAAAAAACAAUUUAAAAAAUAAUAACUCCAGUUGAACUAGAGGGGGAAAAAUUGAAAGAGGUUCCAAGGCCAGAACUGUCUAGUUCCCACUGGGCGUUCUACCUAACAUAAAUGUUCUUAAGUCAUUCGCCUUUUUUUCUAGGCUUUGUCUGAGAGGAUUUGAUGAAGUUGGUCUCUUGGACAACUGGGACACCCACCUUUGCAGCAUCACAAGUGGCUGCACAGUGCCUUGAUCAGGUGCUGGUAAACAGAAGAAGCAGAAAAUACCACUGAGAAAACUAGAGAUUAGUAAAAAUUGCACAUCCCUGAGUUUAUUUCUAAAACCCUCACUAUUUCUGUAUUCUAUAUCUUAGAAAUCACUAAGAUUUCUUUUUUCCUUAUUUAGUUUGAGAAGCAUGUAAAUUGGGGGAAAAAAGCAGAAUAGAUCAUUGUGGUACAUCAUACAGAAUACUAGGAAAAUACUUGCGCUUCGCAGCGGAGAAGUGUGUUAAAGAAGUUAUGAAAAAGAAAAGGAAAUAUUUUAAA